UCUUUUGCGGAAGAUGAUCUUCAUUCUUCACUUCCAUUCUCAUCCGGAACUGUUUUCGCUCUCAAAAUCCGUAGAUUUCGAUUUCAAUUUAAAUCCCUAAUUGUCAUCGAUGAUCUUCCUUUCACUUAUUUAAUGGAUUUCAGUAUGAUGGUUAUUUGCAGCGUGUGAAGGAUCAAUCGUUUCAGUGGCAGCGGGAGUGGAGGAGAAGAAAUGGAGGAGGCCAACUUCUGCGGUUUCAAUCAUUUGGAUGCCGACGUCCGGUUGCCUCCACGAAAGCGUCUCCUUGCUGGGCUGAAGAAGCAGAGUUGUAAUUACUCUUCUCCUUCAUCACCUCUUUCUUCUAUCGCGACUGAUUACACUGCCCAUCUUCGGAAUCUUCUGAGUUCUGAUUCUAAGAGCCUCGGACUUUCGGCCGAUGAGAUUGUGGAUGCCUCUAGAUCAGCAGCUAUUGCUGCUGCCAAGGUUGCAGCUGCAGCCAAAGCUGCAGCAGAAGAGAAGGCAGCUGUGGCAGUGAGGGCUGCAGCUGCUGCCAAGACUGCCCUAGAGCUAGUUGCUUCUGUUUCCGAAAGGGCAUCAUGCAAAGAAAGAUCUAUUAGAAAAAGCAAACCAAAGAAACAUGUUCCAGUCAAGCUCUUAUAUAAGAAGCGCCAAACCGUAGAGAAUUGUAAAGCCGAUGAAGAAUUGGCGUAUAGACUGCACCGAGCGAUGAAUAGCUCCCCCAGAAUUUCAAAGAAUCCUGAUAGUUCUGCCCGAAAAAUUGACGGUAACGACAACCAUAAAAAGCUUCCUGAGUUGGAUAAAACAAUGGUUUCUGAUGGAGUGUUGUUGUCAGAAGGAAAUCCAGCGUUUAUAUGUGAGAAGAAUGCUGUGGCAAGUGAGGUCAACUGCAGGGGGGUCAUCCUGAAGGUAGGAAACACCGAUAAAGUAGGUGAGAGAGGUUUCGAGUCCAAAAGUUUGGACUGCACUAAAGCUAACUGUCUGGAAAUGGAUAGAUUUCCAUCAGCUAGAGAAGCAGUAACUAGUUACCCAAAGAAAAAAUAUGGGCAUAUAUCAGAGGACAAUGGUACUACUGGUAGAAAGAGGGGCAGAAUUAAGCAGAAAAAGCUAUCACUAACACUAUGCACCAUUAAAGAUCGUGAAAAUCUCCGAGAAGAUACAGAAUCCAUAGGCUGCUCAUUGAUGGCAGAGCCAAAUGAUGAAUCUGUUUCAAGGAAUAUGAGAUUAGUUUCUGUGAAUACUCCAUCUGAAGGUGAGGAGUCAGUCAAGUCUAUGCCAAUACAGAAGAGCAAGAAAUUUAAACCAACCCCAUGUUUUGCAGAGAAUAAAAUCAUGCAACCUUUAUGUUCGAAUCCAACAGUGACUACAGGAUCUGCCAUGAUUGAAGUUGAUCAAUGAGGAAAUUCAACAGCUGGUGAAGAAGCAAGUGGUCAGUCUAUGGUCUGUCUUCCUGAUGAUGGAAAAUGAUGGAUUCACGUGAACUCCAUUGGCGUUUGAUCAUGAUCAUGUGGUGACAAGAAGUGGUAUCCAAAAUAUCUUCUGGCUGUCUUCUAAAAGCAGCUCCCAUAAUUUUGGUCCCCUUGUCUUUCCGUUUAGCUGUUUCUGCUUUUAUGAGGAAUGGUGUACUGAUGGAUCACUCUAAAGUCUAAACCAUUCCACUCUCAAACAUCAUCCACUUAGGUCCACUGGUUCAUUAAUACAUUCAACUGCUCCUUACAAUGUGGAGCCAUUGUGGAUUAACAUCAAUCAAUUAAUGAGCUCUCUCAUUUGGAGGAAUAGGUAAGCAAUGUUCCUAUUACCCUAUGUAUGUAUAGUGUAUUUUCUUUUUUUCCUUAAAUCACAUAUAUGCAUAGUUAUAUACCAAUAGUGUUCCUGAUUGUGCCUUGACUGAAACAAAGCUCUGCUAGUAUUAUUGUUAAAUACUUGGAUUUUUUUUUUUCUUACCCUUAA